AAAUCAUGAAAAUUGCUUCGGGAAUUCUUUUUAUUCGUGAAAAUCGUGCUAUUUAUCUGACUGAUGGCGGAGCACGCAGUUUUCCACUUCACCGACGAAAUUCAAUAUUUCGAUCGAUAUUCCAAACUUUCAAUUAGUCAAAUGAGUCAAACAAUGGUGCUCUACCACGCAUUGCGGCCAAGUGACAAGUUCAAAAGUCUAGAUGGCACGACUGUGCGGCGAAACGACGACCGCCGUUGCGACAUUCGACGCUCGUUAUCGUCACGUGUCAGUUCUCUCUUCUCGUCGUAGACAAACGAGCAGCGUUCACUGUUGCUUUUAAUCAAUAAGAUUGAUUUUUUAUCACUCCAAGCAACGAUAGCGAGUUUUUGGCUCAUUGUUCGAAUUCUAUUAGCAAAAUGAGCAGUGAACGUAGCGGCGCGUGCCCUUAAAGUGGGGAAUAGCCAUCAAUACAAGCAGGAGAAAAAGAAGAAACAGUGAAUCAAAAUAUUGGACAAAAAAUAUUCAAAGUGAAACGUGUUUUUUGAGUAUAUUAAGUUAAAGUCACAAAAUGAACGUCGAAAUUCGUGAAGCAAGGAAAGAGGAUUGCAAAGCAAUUUACGAAUUAAUUCAAGAAUUGGCAGUAUUCGAGAAAAUGCCAAACGGACCAAAAACUGAUCACAAAGACCUGGAGAGAGACGGUUUCGAGACCGAUCCACCGCUCUUUAAGGCCUUUGUUGUUGUUGACAAUGCCAAGAUAAUCGGACAUGCUCUCUAUUAUUAUACUUACUCCUCUUGGGAAGGGAAAUCUAUGUUUCUCGACGACUUUUACAUCAGCCCUAAUUAUCGCAACGAGGGAAUCGGAGAUAAAGUUUUCGAAGCUGUUGCUAAGAGAGCAGCUCAAGAUGGAUGCUGCAGGUUAGAAUUCUCGGUUUUGGGUUGGAAUCCCGCAAAGAAUUUUUACUUGAGGAGAGGAGCCGUCGAUCUCACGGAGUCCGAGGAUUGGCAUCAUUUUCGUAUUUCUGGUGACGCGUUAAAAAAAUUCCUAGCCUAAAGCGCGGAAAAGUAAUUGGAAUGGCUUUUUUCGUCGUAAACAACUAAGGGAGGCGCCACCAUCGAGUUUGAGUUUUGGUCACGUGAGCGUGCUUUUGUUCGUGAGUGUAUCGAUCGAAAACGACGCCAGUGGCGCUGCGAUCGCAGACGAAUGAAUGACUGGCCUGUAAGCGAGUAAAAAUAACGGGAAAAAUAGAAUUUUGUAAACAUGAAUAAAGUAAGAAAACCUCGGGUGAUAAAA